AUGAUCUCCGAGAAAGGGUUCUUGGCUCGCCUCCCUCGGUCCGUCAGCCACUGGCUUGGCUAUCGUGAGAAUGCACCAAAGCCUCCCGCCAAAUAUCUCGUUCACUUCUGGUCGUUCAUAGCCGCAUUCUGUGGUCUAUGUGUGAUACAGGCCAUAUUCAACUACUCUUCCUACUUCAUUGAACGUGGCGUUCCCGGUAUCAUUGCUUCUUUUGGAGCAUCAGCAGUCCUCGUAUAUGGUUCCAUUGAAGCCCCUCUAUCACAGCCACGCGCACUGAUCGGUGGUCAUUUUUUGAGUGCUCUGGUCGGCAUCUGUAUUACAAAACUCUUCGGCUUAAUGCCAAAUGAAGAAAAGUUCAACUCUUUGCGCUGGCUCGCCGCUUCCCUUUCAUCCGCCAUUGCCAUUGUUGUUAUGCAGAUCACCGAGACAACUCACCCUCCAGCCGGCGCCACGGCUCUCCUUCCAGCGGUGGACGAAGCUGUGUGGGCACUAUCUUGGUACUAUCUGCCAGUUGUCUUACUUUCGUCGACUAUACUCCUGGUUCUGGCUCUGUUCCUUAAUAACAUCCAACGCAGUUACCCCGUCUUCUGGAUCAGUCCCCCCUCUGUGAAGCCUGUUCUUCCACAAGCUAGCAAAUAG